GUGUUUGCCGCGGCGUACCCCUGUCUCAUGGAGGAGCGCCUUGGCACGUGGCUGGAUGGUGGCAAGUGGGUAUUUGCCCCGGCGUACCCCUGUCUCAUGGAGGAGCGCCUUGGCACGUGGCUGGACGGUGGCAAGUGGGUGUGCCCGCCCCUCCUCUCCUCAACGCCUCCUCGGUUGUCUACAGAGUCUCUGUCUCGCACUCUUUCGUGUCUCGCACUCUUUCGUGUCUCGCACUCUUUCAUGCCUCGCGCUCUUUCGUGCCUCGCGCUCUUUCGUGCCUCGCGCUCUUUCGUGCCUCGCGCUCUUUCGUGCCUCGCGCUCUUUCGUGCCUGCCCUGCCCCCCUCUCCUCCCCCCACCAUCGUCUCCCCACGGCAGCAUAG